CAUUCAAAUUGAUAUAAAGAAAAGGAAAAGAAAAAUGAAAUACUCUUAUUACUUGUGGUUGUUCACUACCAUUAUAGCAUUGUUGGUAGUAGGAAUUAGGUCCAAUCCUCCAGAUGGAGUUUGUGGAAAACAACAUAACUAUUAUGUCUGUGAUACCGACUAUUGUUGUAGUAAGGAUGGAUUCUGUGGUACGACAGAGCCCUAUUGUGGCGAUGGCCACUGCCAAAGCCAAUGUCCAACCCCAUCUCCCGAUGAUGUUAGUGACAUCAUUACUUCCUCGCUUUUUGACAAGAUGCUUAGGUUUCGAAAUAUUUCUGGAUGCGAAAGUAAUGGCUUCUACACUUACGACGCCUUCAUAAAUGCUGCUAGAUAUUUUUCCGGCUUUGGUACUACUGGCUCUCUUGAAACUCGUAAAAGAGAACUAGCUGCGUUCUUUGGCCAAAUUUCUCACGAAACCGGAGGAGGAUGCUAUAUCAGAGAACAAGAUGAUCAAUCUGACCAUUGCAUCGACAGCCCAAAAUGGCCCUGUGUUCCUGGACAAUUUUACUAUGGUCGUGGACCCAUCCAAGUCCGUUACAACGACAAUUACGGACAAGUUGGUUACGCACUCGAUAAUUUGGACCUAUUAGGCAACCCAGAGCUAGUUGCAACAGACGCACUUGUUUCAUUCCAGACAGCUAUAUGGUUUUGGAUGACUACUUCAGUACAUUUGAACAAACCAUCCCCCCAUGACGUAAUUGUGGGCGAGUGGAAACCAACAGAGAUUGAUGAGGCUGCUAAUCGAUUUCCCGGUUAUGGUGUGAUCACUAACAUACUCAACGGAGGUUCGGAGUGCGGCCACGGUGAAGAUGAUAGGGUCAGAAAUAGGAUUGUCUACUAUAAAAUGUACUGCCAUUUUCUAGGAGUAAGCACUGGGGACAACUUGGACUGUUACAAUCAACGUCCUUUCAAUGAUGAUCCACAAACAUCUUAUGGAGUGCUCAAAAUGUCUGUUGAUGAAUAGACAUUAUGUAUUCAUAUUUGAGUACUAGUCAUAUAUGUACAAUCAUGUAUGAUAUCUACGUACUGUAUGUUAGCUUGCCUAUAUAUAGCUUAUCAUAUAUAGUACGUACUCAAUAAUAAGUUAUAAUAAUAAGUGACUCACUUUGUUGCUUUGUCACAA